AUGGCAAGAUAUCAAAUUGCCCCCAUCGCCACCCUAUUGCGCCGCUCAUUCCCCCGCCCCCACCUUCCUACAUGCCCCCGCACGCAGUCUGCGGGCGACAUCGUGGCGCUGUUUGGCAUCGAGUGCGCGAGCGGCGACACCUUCACAGACGGCUCCGUCUCCCUGGCCAUGACGUCCAUCAAGGUGCCGGACCCCGUCAUGAGCGUGGCCCUCACGCCCAAGGCCACAGACCAGCUGCCCAACUUCCAGCGCGCCCUCGCCAGGUGA